AUGAAAUCAUAGAAUACAUAUUAUUUAAAUGAGUGGUACUUCAAAAAUAUCACAAACAUAAUUAGUCUAAGUGAAGAUUAAAAAUAAGACCUCCUAUAAUAUGAUUUAGGUGGUACUUUUAUGUAAUUUAUAAUUAAAAGCAUAGAUUUAUAGUAUAAUUCCUCAUAAUUUACUUCCUUCUAGCUCGCUAAAGUUAAUAGUGGAAUCUUUUAUUUCACUCCAGCAUAUAAUUAUAGCUUGGCUUCAAUUAAAAAUCCAAGAAAUUGUUAAUAUUCUAAUGAGCUCUAUUAUGAUGUGAGAUGUAGUAAUUGGUUUUAAAAUACAUUUAGUUAAAACAUUAUAUAAUACCCAAAUCCUUAUCUUUUAGGAAGUUAAAUAAAAGUAGGAAUGUGCUAAAACUUGCUCAAUGAUAGUAGCUCCAAGCAUUCAGUUAUUUGCUAAAUAUACAACCUUAAUUAACUAUUUCCAGAUACAUAACAAGUUGUUUAUGACAAAAAUAAUAAUAUAACUUAUUAGACUUCACCUUACACAUUAAGAGAAUUACUAAAAAGAUAUGAAUUCGAUGAUUAAACUAUUGAUUAUAUUAUGUCUAAAUUUCCUUAAAGUUAUUUUAAAACACAUUAGAAUUAUAGUCAGGGUGACGAUCUAGGCUAUUUUGGCCUCGAUAUUCAAACAGGAAUAUUUGGUUUAUAAGUUGAAUGUUAAGGUGUUAAAAAAUACAUAAAUGCUUAUUAGGGAAAUGUCACAUACUAUCAAAACGGAUAGCAAUAUACUGACAAUAUUUUUGUAAAUUUUUCUAUUAUUGAUUACGAUAAUAUUUAAAACUUAUCUGAAACGAUGCAAAAAACAGUUUAUAGAUACAAUGUCAAUACAUUUAUAAUUGGAUUAUUGCUUUCUUCUAUUGUUCUUAUCUUUACAAUUAUUUCUACCAUCUAAAUAACAAAUAAAUUUUUAAAUUCUCUGGAUAAUUUAAUAUAAAUUUUAAAUACAUUGCACGAAACUAAAGAGAACUCAUGUCUUCUUGUAUUUGAAGACGAAAUUAUAAAUUAGAUUAUUGAUUAAAAAAAUAUUUUUCUUUUCGCAAAAGAGUUUUAUGAAUUGUUUGAAUCUUUCGAAAUAUUGCUUUAAACUCUUAAAUAUGCAUCAUUAUAAUUAACAAGUGGAAACAAAGACAACUCUUUACUGUCAUGGAGUAUGGCUGUUAAGUUUUUUCAAGCUACUAAUCAUUCACAUAGAGCAUUAGGUAUUUGCUGGAAUAAUAUUGGUAUGAUACAUUUCUAACAAAAAAGAUACAUAGAAGCUGCAUAGGCAUUUUAAAGUGCAAUCAUAUAAGCUGACUAUGAAUUGGGAUUUUAUGAUGAUAUGAAUUAUCCUUUUAAUUUUGAUAUUAAUGAAAAUAUUUUAGUAAUCAAGUUUAAAAGAAUUUACUCAUACUAACUUUCUAUUAAAAAAUGGAUGAAAAGGAAUUAAGAUAUAUCAGUAUGGAAAGAGUAUAAAUAGAUCAUGAUUAACCUAGGAAUUUUAGCUGAAAAUGUUCCUUAAUAGGUGAAUCUCAACAAAUUAGUUAUCGCACUAAAUUUAGUAGAUUCAUUAAUUGACUCAAAACAAGCUCUUAAAGCUCAAAAAUAUAUCAACUCUGCAUUCAUUUCCUUUAAAGAUUACUAAAAAGAACUCUAGAAUAGUGAUUUUGAUAAUCUAAAUUAAAAUAAAAGACUAUCUCUUUCUAAAAGUUUCUAAAGCUCUGUUUAACUGCAAAGGAAAAGGGCUUAGAGUUAAAAUUCUCCCAGCAAUAUUUAAAGCAGAAUUUAACCCUAAAAUUCACGAAUUACUUAUUAAAAUAGUUUAUUUUCAAAUCAAAGUCCUUUUCUGUCUAAUUAAAAGCAUUUUUUUCCAAAUCAGAACAUUUCUAUUCUAAAUUAAAAUAUUUCAAGCUCUAAAAGAAUUUAAAAUUAAAAUACAAGUUAUUAAACUAAUUUAUUUGAAUAAUCUCCAUUGUUUAUAAGUAACUAAAAAAUUAUGCUUGAUACUUCCUAUUAAAAUGAAAAUCAUAAAAAUUGUUUGCUUAAAGUAUAAAAAAAAUUAAGUGACUCUUUAGACAACUCUAAAAAUUCUUUUUAAUUUUGCAAAAAUUCUUCAGGAUAAAACAAAUAACUUUACUAGAUAAACGAAAACUUGGAACAAAGCUACAAUUCCUUUUGUAAAUCUUCAACUAGCUCUUUAAAAAUAUAAAGUGAGGAUAGUUUUACUUAAUUAAAUUAUUUCAAGUCUAUUUCUUUUCAUGAAAAAAAACUUUUAGUCUAAAAAAGAUUUAAACCAUAAAGCUGUGUUGGAGACUAACAUUUUGAAGAAUCUCAGAUAGGAAAUGAAUCUAAAUAAGACAUUGACCUUGAAAUUACUAAACCCUUAUAGAAAUCUUUAUAGCCAGUAAAGUCAAUUUUUGAAUAUGGUUUAGCUUCAAAAUAAAUUUACAUAACUUGGUUUAGAAAUAAAAUGAUUCAGCAUAUAUUUCAAAAUAAGAAUAAGUAAGAAAGGUAGGCUCUUCUCACAAUUCUUAAUGAAGACAUCGACUAUGAAUUAAAUUAGAAUUAAGAUAUAAAUAAUAGUCAAUUGUUAAGCUAAAAAUUUAAAAGUUUUAAUAAAAGUCCUGAAUUUUAAAAUUGUACGACUUCUAAUAAAGAAUAAACCUUGAACUCGCCUGAUAUUUUUUUUAGUAAAAUAGAAAAGAAAAAGCAAAGCUUAUCAAAUUUGCUUAAAAGAAAAAUUAUGAAAAUUAUAGGUAGUGGUGAAACCAGUAAUGGUAAUAAAUCAUCCAAUUAAAUCGUGUUAAGUAAAUAAGAAGGGAGCAAAAAAUAUAAAUAAAAUGAAAAAGAAUCCAAAUUAAAUCUUACUUUGAAUCAAAAGAAAACAAUAAAAAUAAGUGAACCAAAAUACACAAAAGCACAUAAAAUAAAAAGUUAAAAAGCUGAUGAAACCUAAGAAUUAAAAGGGAAUACAAUUUGGUAAUCUUAAAAUAUUAAUCCGUAUGAUUCUUUUGAUUAAAAAUCGAAAAAUAAUAACAUAUUUGGCAAAAAGAAUAUUUAAGAAAUACCUGAAUGUAUAUUUAAUUCGAUGAUUACUUUUUAUCAAGCCAAUGUAAUGUUUGUUUUAAAGAAUUUUACUUAAGCUGCUGAGCUCCUGACACAAAUCUUUGAAUAAAAUUAAACAUCCUUGACUUAUCUAAAUAGUAAAGUGCUUAAGCUACUUUUGUAAAUUAUUAAAAACUCUAAACUUUCACUACUACCUAUUUAUAGUAUUUAGAGCAGCUAUGGUUAGUUUAGUUUGAAUUUAUCUUUCCUUAUUGAUUGCAAUCAGCAAAUGUCUUAAUUUUAAGCCUCUAAAAUAAUUAGUUCGACAGUAUUAAAAAUACUUUAAGAACCAAAUGACAGAUUUAACAUUCAUUUAAAUAACAAAUUUUAAACAACUUUGGUUAAAGAUUUAUCUGCAUUCAAAGAUAAGUAUGCAAUAAUGUUAGAGCUAAAAAAUUUAUUUUAAAAUAUUAUUAUCAAUUUUGAUAAGGAAAAGCGCUUGUAUCCAGAUAGUAAAUUUUAAAAAACAGAUCAAGAGAAUAUUAGUAAUAAUUACUGA